CAUUGAUUACGCGCCGAGGAUUUUCUUACGAUCGAGCUCGAGCGACGGUCCCCAAUGGCUACUCCAGCAGCAUCAGGCUCGUCGUCGAGCGGCAAAGAUGCACAAUCUGCGCAGGACAUGCUGCGACAAGCCAGCUUCAGCACACGAUCUGGCGAAUCCUCGUCAGACGGGUCUCGUGCACCCUUUGAGGCUCCAACUGCAAAUGCGAUCUUCCAGCAAGCCAAUGCCUACGAUCCUGCUGCCUUGCACCCACUCGCCAACUUGUCCAGUGGGGAGCUUGACUAUCUAGCGCUCGAGGACGGCAAGCUCAAUUCGCUCGAAGGCACAAAGGGCCUAUUGCCGAGCCGAGGCUGGGGCGACGAGCUUUGUUACGGCACCGGAACGACCUAUCUAGCAGGUCUGGCAACGGGUGGUCUGUGGGGUCUCCGAGAAGGGCUUGCCAAGCCAUUGCGCUCCUCGGUAUUUCCAGCGACUGCAGCAGCGACGACAGUAGACACAGCAGCUUCUGGGGCGACACUGUCGGGCGCCGAGGCCUUUGCUGCUGGCCGCCGUCCGCACGCAGCGACUGCUCCAUUUCAGAGCGUAGCAGCGGCAGCGCAAGCAGGCCCGACGGCAGGUUUGGGUGCAGCCCAAGCACCGCAGGCCACUUUCAGUCCUCGCAGCCCCGGCUUCAAGCUACGACUCAACACCGUGCUCAAUUCCAUCACGCGACGAGGCACUUUCUUGGGCAACAAUGCAGGCGUGCUUGCCCUCAUCUACAAUGCGAUCAAUUCCUCUGUCGACAAGUAUCGGGGUCGGCAUGAUAUCUACGGCUCGAUGUUUGCAGGCGCUGGCACAGGUGCAAUUUGGAAGAGCACAGCCGGUCUGAGGCCGAUGCUCAUCGCUUCCGGCAUCAUGACGACAGGAGCCGCGGCCUGGACGUCUGUCAAGCCUUACAUCAUAUAGAUAGACCAGAGCGGGAUGUGGCACCGACCCAUAUUCAUGGACAGCGCGGGACUCCGACAGAAAUGCAAUUCUGUCUGUCUUGAGACCAGCUUGCGAUCGGCAUGUAAAGCAAGCUGGCUGGCUGCGAGCUGUCAUACAGCCCUGUUGUAACAAAACUCAACACAUCUCGCUGCUCUUCUCAUUGCGCACUUCAUCACUCUCUGGCCCGUCG